GGAGCCGACGUCACCUGACGCCGGCAGCUUGCUUGGACGAGGGGAGUAUAAGGCUCAGUCACUUGGCCAGCGCCAUCCAGCGUGCUCGUGCAGCUACGUUGUGAACAACUUGUUCUUCGUACCGAAAUCCCUUGUUAAAUAAUACACAAUGUGCGACGAUGAUGUUGCCGCUCUGGUCGUCGACAACGGCUCCGGCAUGUGCAAGGCCGGUUUCGCCGGAGACGACGCACCCCGUGCCGUCUUCCCCUCGAUCGUAGGUCGCCCUCGUCACCAGGGUGUCAUGGUCGGUAUGGGCAACAAGGAUUCGUACGUCGGAGACGAGGCGCAAUCCAAGAGAGGUAUUCUCACCUUGAAAUACCCCAUCGAGCACGGUAUCGUCACCAACUGGGACGACAUGGAGAAGAUCUGGCACCAUACCUUCUACAACGAGCUCCGUGUCGCUCCGGAAGAGCACCCCGUCCUGCUCACCGAGGCUCCCCUCAACCCGAAGGCCAACCGAGAAAAGAUGACCCAAAUCAUGUUCGAAACGUUCAACACCCCCGCCAUGUACGUUGCCAUCCAGGCCGUAUUGUCGCUGUACGCCUCGGGUCGUACUACCGGUAUCGUGCUCGACUCCGGCGACGGUGUCUCCCACACCGUGCCCAUCUAUGAAGGAUACGCUCUUCCUCACGCCAUCCUUCGUCUGGAUCUUGCCGGACGUGAUCUCACCGAUUAUCUCAUGAAGAUUCUCACCGAGCGCGGUUAUUCCUUCACAACCACUGCCGAACGUGAAAUCGUUCGUGACAUCAAGGAGAAGCUCUGCUAUGUCGCUCUUGACUUCGAGCAGGAAAUGUCCACGGCCGCCUCUUCGUCUUCGCUCGAGAAGUCGUACGAGCUCCCUGACGGCCAGGUCAUCACCAUCGGAAACGAGCGUUUCCGUUGUCCCGAGGCUCUGUUCCAGCCCUCGUUCCUGGGUAUGGAAGCCUGCGGAAUCCACGAAACCACCUACAACUCCAUCAUGAAAUGCGAUGUCGACAUCCGAAAGGACCUGUACGCCAACACCGUUCUCUCCGGUGGAACCACGAUGUACCCAGGAAUCGCCGACCGUAUGCAGAAGGAAAUCACCAACCUCGCUCCUUCCACCAUGAAGAUCAAGAUCAUCGCUCCUCCUGAGAGGAAGUACUCCGUCUGGAUCGGAGGAUCCAUCCUCGCCUCGCUGUCCACCUUCCAACAGAUGUGGAUCUCCAAGCAGGAAUACGAUGAAUCCGGCCCGUCCAUCGUGCACAGGAAGUGCUUCUAAGUUAUUCAAUGCUAUACCAUCAGCAACACCACAAACAACAACCGCAACAACAAGAACAAUUAAAUACAACAUUCAGCGACGAAGCGAUUCUCCAAAACGAAUUUCACCUAAAGCAACAAGCUACAACGACAAUAACACCAACGAUUUCUUCGAGCGACAUCAACAACAGCCGCAACAGCAGCAGCAGCAACAACAACAACAACGAGAUUGUCGCCAACGAACCCGAGAACUCCAAGCUGCGAUUUUUGCUAAUCGAACCUCUGACCACCUGAAGAAUGCGAAAGACGAGAAUAGCUGGAGCAGCGCCUACAUGAUGAAAAGCAAAAGAAUGAGAAAAAGAAAGAGA